AUGGACCCCGCGGAGGAGAAGGAGGGCGCCAGUACUGCGCCGAAGCACGGCAGCAAGAUGGCAAAGAUUGUGGAGCGGCUGCACGAGCUGCGCAAGGAGGAGCCGGGUGCCAAGGUGAUCAUGUUCUGUCAGUGGGAGACCAUCCUGAAGCACAUCGCAAAGGUGCUGGUCGAGCUGGGCGAGCCUGCCCCGCUGGUGCUCAAGGGCAGCAUGCUCCAGCGCCAGCACACCAUCCGCAACUUCGUGCACUCCGCUGCACCCGGCCUAGGGGUUCCGUCCCUCAGCAGCGGUUCCCGCAGUGGCUCGGGCGCCAUGGAGGUGUUCCUGUUCAUCCUGGGCUAUCCAGUUGCGCUGCCCGCGGUCGCGGACUACGUCCACCUGGCCGCCUCCUGCUUGCUGUUCUACAAGAUCUGGAAGCAGAAGUCCAUCUACGGCCUCAGCGUGGACACGCAGUGCGCCUUCCUCCUGGCCGCCGUGGUCCGCUGCGUCUGGUCGCUGGAAACGCGACUGGUGGAGUCGGCCGUUGUAGGUUUCUUCGUCUACCUGGAGCUGCUCCUGUCGACCGUCGCGGCCUGCGGGCUCACCUUCCUGUGUUACCAGCUCUACCACACCACCUCGAAGCACUCGACGCCCUUCCUGCGCGUGUACGCCACGGCGCCCGCCUCCCUGGUGCUCGCCUUCUUCUUCCACCCCGGGGAGGGCUGGAUGUCGAUGCAGAUCUUGGUAGCCUUCACCAUGUACAUCGAGGCCCUGGCGCUCCUGCCCCAGCUGUGGCUGAUGCGGAAGAUGCACGAGGUGGAGCCUCUGACGUCGCACUACGUUGGGCUCAUCGUUUGUGCGCGAGUAAUCCGCAUGAUCUUCUGGGGGAAGAUGUUCAUGUUAGGCGAGCACUUCCUGCAGCUGUUCUUCGCGGACGUGCUGCACACGAUCAUGUCGGCGGACUACAUGUACCUCUGGUUGAGGAAACUGAAGGACGGAGGGCGCUUGAUCUACAGCCAGAGCGUCUGA